CAGCAGCUGGAGUCCACACUGUCAUCAGUAGCUGUGGAACUGAGAGCUCUAAGAAGUGAUUUAAUGAAGGCUUCUGAGAGUAAUGAAAGAGAGAAAGAUCGAGUACAUAAAAGCCACACUUUGCAGGAUGAAAUCAGUAUGCUGAAACUGGAAAUAAAUACAAUGAAAAAUCAAAACCAGGAAAAAGAAAAGACCAUUGAAAUUAUAAAAGAAAUGAAUGAUUUUCUGCGAAAAACAAUACGACGGAGUGAGGAAAGACUUGCAAAAACAAUAUCCCAAUAUUGUGAACAACUUCUUGUUCUAAAGAGUGAAAAUAACUCGCUGAGCACUCAACUGGAACAUGAAAAACAAAAAUCAGAAACGCUGAAAGCAGAAGUUGAAUCCUGCCGUCGUAGACUGGAUGCUGCUGUACAAGAUCGUGGUCAAAGUCACAAGUCCGAGAGAGACCUAGAACAUCAUUUCCAAGAGACAAGAGAGGAGAAGCUACAUUUAGAGGAGACAUUAUCUCAACUACAGAGGGAAAACAUGUUGCUUCAACAGCACCUGAAUGAGGCUCGCAAAAAAGCUGACAAUAAAGAGGAGACGGUAAUGAAUAUGCGAGGCCAGUUUCAGGACACUAUAAGAAGGCUUCGAACUGAAAAUGAGAAACAAAACGAAACAAACGAUGAGUUAAUUGAUGAAUGUAAUUGUUUUAAAAAAAGAAUAUAUAAUUAUGAAAAGAAGAAAGCAGCAAGAGAAGCACAAAUAACACCUCAAGACAAUUUGAAACUGUUCAGAGGUACUCAGACUACUUCAAUAAGUCAAAUGGAAGUCAGAUAUAAAAAUUUGGAAACUGAAAAUUGCAGACUGCAAACUGAAUUAGAGUCACAGAGAAUAAAAUUGGGAAAAUACAUGCAGCUCUACCUAGAAGAAUCAAAAAUGAGACAAUCAUUGCAAAAUAACGUAAACACCUGCUGCUGAAGUUGAAUCUGGAUCAUAUUGAGCUUUUGUAGGAAUUUACAGAUACAUCUCAUGAAAUCAAGAUGCACUUUUGAGGUCAAGGACCAGGAAAGUGCAUGCCACACAACUUCCAGAGCAAAGGGAAUAUAUAAAGUGAAGGGUGAAGAACUAGGCCAAUAAUUUAAUAAACCAUAGAUAUGAAGAUGGCAGCGCCAAUUGAAACAGACACUUUGGUCACUUCGUGAAUCUUCUGAGCCCUACAGAAUUCCAUUAAGAAGAGUCAGCUCUCAAGUCUUCUUUCUAGAAGGUUCCCUCUCCCAGCCUGUGCUGACUCAGCCGCCCGUCCUCUCUGCUUCUCCUGGAACCAGACACAUCUGCACCCUGAGCAGUGGAUUCAGUGUUGGCAGCUAUGCCAUACACUGGUACCAGCAGAAGCCAGGGAGCCCUCCCCAGUACCUCCUGUGCUACUACUCAGACUCAGGUAAACACCAGGGCCCCGGGGUCCCCAGCCGCUUCUCUGGAGCCAAAGACGCCUCCGCCAAUGCAGGCCUCCUGCUCGUCUCUGGGCCGCAGCCUGAGGACGAGGCCGACUACUACUGUCAGAUCAAGCACAGCGGUGCUUCUCCCUGUGACCCACACAGAUGGGGAAGUGGGACAGAAACCUCAGCCUGCUCAGGGACCGAGUCCUCGACCCUCUCCAGUUUCAAAUUACCUCAACACACUCAUUGUACUUAGAGGAGCUUCCAUGCCCCAGUGUCUGUCCUGCCAGUUUUCUGUUCAGUGUGUCUGAACUCUCAGGAAACACAGAAACAACAGUGCCGUGAUGAUACAGAAAUCUUGCCUCGUUCAGGGUUUAAAAAUUCUGAAUAAAACGA